CACAUAGGAAACUCCUCCGCCUUCUUCGCUGGGGCUGGCUCGGCGGGGGAGUGGAGGGAGGAAAAGGGGUGAAACAAUUUCAAGAUGGCGGCGACAGAGGCGCGGAUAACAAUGGAAAACGGGAGGCUUGGGUGGCUCCGGGCCUGAGCUGGGGUCGGGGCAGGAGCGAGGGAAAGUCGGCGGCGCGUCGCCAGGCUCCUGGCAGGAAGCGGGGAGGCCCCGGCCUUUAAAGGGUGGCGGCAGCGAAGGAGGAGGAGAAGGACGACGACGACUACAGGGGAAGAGAGCCGAGGCUGUGAGGGCUGCCCGGUGUCUCUGGCCGCCAGCCAUGGCGGAGUGAAGCGGCCGCCUGGUCUCGUGUUGCCUUUCUCGCCCUCGGCUCAUGGUCCUGCCCCCCUGCCCCAUGGCGGAGUUCGUGGUUCCGCGACACAGCGCGGUGAUGGAGCGGCUCCGCCGGCGGAUCGAGCUGUGCCGGCGGCACCACAGCGCCUGCGAGUCCCGCUACCAGGCCGUGUCCCCGGAGCGGCUGGAGCUGGAGCGCCAGCAGACCAUCGCCCUCCACCAGCGCUGCUUGCAGGCCAAGGCCAAGCGGGCCGGGAAGCACCGCCAGCCACCUCUGCCUCCCCCGGCAGCCGCUCCGCCGGCCGCCCCGUCCCAGCCGCCUCCCCCUGCUCCGGCCCCGGGCUCCAUGGGCUCCUCUGCCUCUACCUCCGCUCCUACCGACAGGCCUGGAGUCAAUGGCCUGGACGCCGACACCGCGGGCGGUGAGCAGCAGCAUCAGCACGGCCGGAGCAGCGCCCUCAUCGCGCAGCUUCAUGAAACAGUCAAAAGGAAACUCGAUAGUAGUUCCGUUUCACCGCAGAAUGGCGACCAGCAGAAUGGCUAUGGGGACAUGUUUUCUGUUCCCAAGAAAUUGCGUCAUGAUGAUGGUCUUGUUGGAUUGAGUGGCUCCUCUAAUGGAAUCCCUCCUGCAUCACCUCUCCACCAGCUUGACAGCAAAUCUUCUGGUGGAGACACCUUACAGCUUAAUGGAAAACAUUCCAUGGGUCUAGAUGGCAUCAACAAAAAGUGUCUGCCAGACUCUAACCUUCAGCUGAAUGGCAACAGUGAUGCUGAUGACCCCUUUGCUAUGGUUAUUAACAAGGAGCUUAAACAAGAACCAGAUGACCUUCCUUGUAUGAUUACGGGACCAGGAAGUUCAAUAUCUCAGAAUAAUUUGAUGUCUGAUCUUAACCUUAAUGAGCAAGAGUGGAAGGAGCUCAUUGAUGAACUUAACAGAUCCGUGCCUGAUGAGGAUAUGAAAGAUCUAUUUACAGAAGACUUUGAGGAAAAGAAGGAUGUCGAUGCUUCAAAUUCAGCUGCACAAACUCCAUUACCACAGGACAUCAUUAUCAAGACUGAAUUUUCCCCAGCAGACUUUGAACAAGAGCAGAUGGGAUCCCCACAAGUCAGAUCUACUUCUGCUGGCACAACGUUCAUUGGUACCUCUUCUGUUAGUGCUACUUCUCCAUCAGUUAGUAAUUCUCAAACUAUGAUUCAGCCUUCCAGUCAGUCAGUAACUCAAAAUUCCAACCAGUCCAUGAUGCAGCCAUCAAGCCAGUCUCAGAAUGUUCAGAGGCCUCUUCCUAGUUCAAUGUUAUCUGGUCAAAGUUCAGGGGGUGCCAAAGAGAUGUCAUCUGCUAAACAGCUUCAGCAGAUAGCUGCUAAGCAGAAGAGAGAUCAGCUGUUGCAGAACCAACAGCAAGUCCAUCAACCCAACCAGAUUCCUAGCUGGCAGCAGUCUGGACCUUCACACAGUCCAUUAACUGUUUCAUACACUAUGGAAAAUCCCACUAGCCCUUCAGUUUACCAACAGGACUUCAAUAACCAGAAACUCAUGAUGUCUAGUAUGCCAAACAAGAGUUCUCCGAGGGCUGGAGUUAAUUAUCAUGGUGGAAAUAUGUUAAGCCAUCAGCCAAACAGCUUAAACCAGAACUCUGUAUCUAGUCAAAACUCUGUGCUAGACUAUGGGAAUACGAAACCUCUUUCACAUUACAAAGAAUGCGGUCAAGGAGUUACAGUAUCUGGACAGAACAAGUCUCCAAUGUUGGCAUACAUGCAGCAGCGUCAGCAACCCACUCUGCCUCAUAUGAGCGAUGAGCAGAAUGGGAUGUUUGUAAUGAAGAAGUCUGGAAAUACUGCUUAUAGACCUCUAGGGCCACACAGCCAGGAUCAAAAUCCUUCUGCUGGUGUUCCUCGCAUUCCUGUUUCUGUUCCCGGCUCUGGUGUGAAUGCACAGUCACCCAGUGUUUCCAUGGCAGGUAACCAUGGCAAUCCAGCCUAUCUCAACAGCCAGCAGCAAGCAGCUGUAAUGAAGCAGCACCAAAUGCUACUAGAUCAGCAGAAACAGAGGGAACAGCAACAAAAACAACUGUUAAUGGAACAACAGAAACAGUUUAUAAUGGGGCAGAGACAACUAAUUGCUGAACAGGAAAAGCAAAGGCAUCAUCAGGAACAACAGCAACAGCUCCAGAGGCAUCUAACACGACCACCCCCUCAAUACCAAGACCAGACACAGAAUCCUUAUCAACAACAGUUCACAGGCUCAUCUCCAGCGAUGGCAGGGGUAAAUAAUUUAGGCCAGUCUAACUCCAGUAGUCCACGCAUGUUUUCUCAGACUCAGAAUAUGAUCCAGAUUGGCCCAGGACACAGUUCUGUCUCCUCAAGCAGCAAUCAGCAAGAUCGAGGAGUAACUCAGUAUCCUGGUUUGCAGAGCAUUCAGCGAGGUACCUUGUACAACAUGGCAUCUGGUAUGACACAGAUGGUUCCACAGCAUGCAAAUCCAAGUGCCAAUGGACAGCCACAAAUGCAAAGACAACCCAGUUUGGCACAGGGCACUGCUCUUCCUGCUGGAUAUGGACAGAGCACCCUAGGAACUGCCAGCAUUUCUCAGCAGCACAGUAAAGGAGCACUGAAUCCCAAUUUAUCCAAGCCACAAAUGGCAAGGAUGCCAACAUCUAUUGGGGUCCAAAAUCAAUCAUGGCAGCACCAAGGUAUGUCAAAUAUGAACAACCAGGCACAAGGGAACAGUGGUUUAGGGACAUUUACUGCCAACUCCACUUUCCAUAUGCAGCAGACUCACCUAAAGUUGACCAAUCAACAGUUUGCGCAAGGAAUGCCUCAGGUAAGCCUCAACACCAGCAGGCCAAUGACGUCCAUGAACUCUGCUGUCUCUGGACAGAUGUUGUCAUCUAUAAGUGCCCAGCAGAGGACGAACCCUCCUACCCAGCAGGCAGUCCCAUCACAGCAGGUCUUGCCAGGCAUGAAUCAAGCUGUCCCAGAUAUGACGUCUUUCAGCCAGAAUCAAAAUCAGCAAUUGCCUAACAGAGCCAAUCUGCAUUGUAGUCAAGGUUAUCCAGUGAGGACACCAAGUCAGGAACUGCCCUUUGCCUAUAGCAACCCAUCUGGUGGGAAUGGACUGCCGAACUUAACGGGGGAUACAGAUCUUAUAGACACUUUGUUGAAAAACAGGACUUCAGAAGAAUGGAUGAAUGACUUGGAUGAGUUGUUAGGGAAUCAUUAAAAAGAAGUUUGGGGAUCCUCCCCCCAAAAUCUUUUAUUUUUAAUUACAACGAUCUUUGGACCAAAUACCUGUGGAAUUGAGAAGAUUCACAGGCACUAGUGGGAAUGUAUUGGAGCUGCUCCCUUCUGGGUCUAACAGCAUGAGAAGUAUGCCCCAAUUUGAUAGGAUAUAACAUUCUCAUUUUUGUACUGGGUCUGGAACACUGCUAAUGGAAACAGUCCUGGUCAGUUUGGUCUGCAUCCCAGCCAGCCCUUCAGAAGUUUCAAUUUUAACAGUGUUUUUCAGUUGAAGGUUUAAAUGCGAACCAUGCUGUGGUGAUGCAGAAAGUAAGCCAGCAAGGAAAACUCAAAAUACUCAGUGUUAAGGCAAUCGUUUCUACAACUAGUACUUGACAGGCUUCUUGAUUCUAACUUGACCUGCAAAGUAGUGAAAGUUAACACUCUGCAACCUUUUUCUGAAGGAAAGAUUGUGCAACACUUUCUUUGAAAAAUCUACUCUAGUUUGAGAAGUCGUUCUUCUAGUCCCUAGUGAUACUUGGCAAGCAAGAUAUGAGAGUUCACAGUAAUAAUAGCUGAUGGCUUUCUGUGCUGAAGAUCAUUGAGUGUUAAAACUUGUCCAGCAGUAGGUUGCUAGAGCCCUAAACUGGGAACCUCAUUCGUAAAUAUCUUAUGGCUUACUAAGCUAAGCAAUUUGCACUCUGCUGUGGGGGAAGACUGAGCUCUUGGUUUUUUGAUGAUUUUUUUUUAUCGGAGAAUCAGCUUAAAAUCAAGUGUGCACUUUUUCUAUCUCCCUUUUAGCAUCCAUUAAAUGAGAACGUUGGGUUGAUCACAGCUUAUUUCUUCUCUUGGAUUCAGAGGGCAUUUAUAAUUAGCAAUUUUUUGUUGCCACACAUAUGCUGUACCAAUAAGAACAGGAUCUGUUACUGUUACUCUGGUCAAGCAAGUGAAGGAAGUUUUGUGCCUUGGAAACUGUUACUAACCUGAAAAACUUUGCAAUAAUGGCACAGAGAGCCCGGGGAAGCGUAAUACUUUAUUAAAGGUUCUUCCAUUGUGAGAGCCCCCAUAUUUUUGGGGAUUUUUUUAGUGAUUUAAUCUCUUUAGAAAUAUGUAGACUAAUCUCCAGUGAAGCAGAUGCUGCUAUUUCAUCAUGGUUCAUGGAGACCCCUUCAUACAUAUGUUGGGAUGGUCCCAUGCAGGGCAAGGAAAAGAGAGAAUUGUUCUUAACAGGUUACCAAAAAUUCUUCUACUUGCCAACAAACCACCUUUUGCCUUAACCUUUCAUUUAUAAAGGUAAUAAAUUUGAAAGUUGUUUUAGAUGCACAGAUACCUCUGUUCCCUACUCUGAGUCUGGUUUUGUUCUUUAAUGAACAGGACUGUUUACCUCCUUAAUUCAUCACACCUGUCACUGAGAAUCAAAGAAUUUUCUUCAGGCCUAUUCAGGAGCAUCUCUACACAAGAAAAGUGUGAAGAUUUGAGUUUAGGAUAUUUUAGACAGGGAAAAAGAUAAGGGAUACAACAGUUGAACCAUAGGAAGGAAAUAUUUUACUGUAUCUGCAGUGUUUUUCUCAGAUGUGCACUUUGGAAAAAAAAUCCGCUUUAACACUACUUUUAUUUAAUCUUUUCCCAAAUUACACAUGGAUAUUAGGUCUGUUUUAUAUGCUUGCUACUCAUGAGCGAGUUAUGUAUGCCAUGCUAAGCAGAUUUUUGUAUUGUAUCUUGAUGGACUGUUGAUGGGGGUUAAAUUGUGGAAGCUGCAUGUUGAUGAAUGAUUUCACUGCUGAAUGUCCAAACUGAAGCAAAUCGCAUUGUUUGUAUAUUUUUAAAACACCAUUUUCUAAGAGGCGGAUCAUUUUAAUGAAUGAAGCAUUGGUAUGACUGAUAAUAUAAGUAAAUUAGAGUUAAAUUUACUAAUAUUUUCCACAAGUCAACGAUUGAGUGAAAUUGUUUGUGAGCUCAGUUUAUUUAAAAAAUUGGUCCAAAAUGUCACCAGAAAAUGUUUUAAUCGCUGUAGAUUUUUUUGGCCAGGGAACACAUGCAGGGGCAGGGAGAGGGGUUAGGUAUGGAAAUAAUUGAACUUUGCUUAUAAACAGUUUGGAAAUUUUGUACCAGCGUGCCUUCCUUUUCUUAUUGGAGGUGUUUGGAGCCUCAUAGUUUUUUAAUUGUCUGGGUUCUGCUGAUUUUUUUCUCUCCCUCAGGCCCACUGAAAAAUAGCAGGUUUUAAGGAAUUAAAUAAUAAUAAAUUCUAGUUGGAUUUCCUAAACAUAAUUUGUGUCAAAAGAAAAUGAAACCUCUUGUAUUUCUAAUGCUGCAAUCAGAUUUUGAUGUCCAGUAAAAUGCUAAUGUCUUUUUCAGAUGUGGACAUACAUUGUUUAACUUUGUUCAGUUUUAAGCAGAAUGGCCUAGAAUAUUUUUGGCAGUCAUAAUUGAGUAUGGAGGCUUGGUGGGGAAGGGCUCAGUGCUGCCCUUCAGCCGCUUGUAGCAGUUCAUAAAUGAAUAUUUACUUGAGCUUUCCAUUUGCUGCAGCUUUAGAGCAAUAAGAUGUGGCUCCCCUGAGCUUUACUUAGCCUGCUGCCUCAGCUUUAUUUAUAUACUGUGGUCAUGGACAGGUGAAAAGGUGUUCAACAUCCACUGCCUUCCAAACCCCCUACAACUGAAUCGAAAAGGGUGCUCAGUUUUCUAUACUACACAUUUUUUGUGUGUAAAUAAAUGUUUACAGUUUUAUAUUAAAGAUUGAAUAAGAAUUAGAUCUGAGUGUAUAUUUUUUACUUUUUAUAGAUUUUAAAACUAUAAUUCUUUAAAUAUAUAUAUAAAUAUAUAUAUAUAAUGUGUGUGUGUGUGUGUGUGUAUGUGGGUCGGGGGUGGUUAUGAUAAAUAUUUCACUUGUUUAAAUGAACAGUUCAAAUUUGAUGCUAACCUUUUUUGUCAUUGAAAUGUAUAAAGAGCCCAUUAAUCCAUUUAUUUUCUUUAACUACAAUUACUGUGGCACACCAAAAAGAAAUAUUUCACUUCUGUUACAUCAUUAUAAAAAAAUAAAUAUUUUGCUAGUGUAUUAAACAAAUAGUUGUGUUUUCUGUAGCAUCACCUGAACUACAUAUAGUUUAGCUUUGCUGUGGAGACUGAUUUUUAAAAAUUCUGGUUCCUUUUAUCUGGCAGAAAACAAACUUAACUCUCUCCCUUUUCUUGAACUAACCCUAAUAUUGAAAGACAGAACUAAAAUAUGUUUGAAAGUCAAGACCAUUGUUGUUGUUGUUGUUUAGUAUUUCAACAAUAGGUAGAAAAGCUUUUACAAACAUUACCCAUUUAUUUCUGAUCACAUUUUGGUACCCUUUAACAUGAAGAGUUGUUAUAUAGGAAAGAAGCUAUUUUUCACCAUUUUGAAGAGGAGUUAUAUAGGAAACAAGCUAUUUUUCACCAUUUUGAAUUGUUGGCCUUUUUGAUGCUUGUAGGCAUUCACCCCCUUAGGUUUUGUUAAUCACAGAGGAAAUGAAAAUGUUCAAUAGAUUUGUAUAUUGGAAAACAUCUCAUUCAUAUAUAUAUCUGAAGGUGGUGUGUUGCUCUAAGCUCUUUAAGGGCCAUUUCAUUCAUUUUGAAGAGGCAAACUCCGGGAUUGCUACGUACAGGAGUUAACCUGUAUGAUGUAUAUUUGUUUACAUUCUUGCUUCAUGUUUUAUUUAUGUAGGCAUUUGUGUAAUGCCUUUCAGGGCUAUAUAGCCCUUUCAAGGCAGUUCCCAUCAUAAAAUAAUGGGGGAAAGUAAUUUCACAAACAGCAGCAAUAAGCACACUUCCCACAGGAGGGAGUGCCAUAACAAUUGGCCCGCCUCUUUUUAUUUACUUAACCACCUUAAAGUAUAUCGUUUGUACCUGCCAGCCUGAUAGACCAUGUUAGUGGUCCCUCAGCACUGGGUCUUCAAGGUCAGGAAAAUUCAUAUGGGUCUCCCUGGUCCCAAGCCAUUUAGGGCUUUAAAAGUAAUAACAGUAGCAGUACAGAAUCACAAUUAAAUAUUCCAAGCAACUGGACAGCUGCGUUUUUCACCAGCUGAAGCUUUUAGACAGUCUUCAAAAGCAGCCCCACAUAGUACGUGUUAUCAGUAAUCUAGUCUUCCUGCAAAUAGGGCAUGAAUUAUUGUGGCAAUAUCUGCUUUCUCGAGAUGGCAGUGCAGCGGGUGAAUCAUCCAGAAUUGAUAAAAGUCUGGGAGAACCCCAAUUAUUAAGUACAAUAAUCCCUUACUUUAUGCAUAGGCUCAGUUUCAAGUGUUCCAUGUACAGUAUACAUGAAAAAUUGCAUAUACUCUCAAACCCUCGGAGUCACUCUAUGGCUAAUGGGUGAGGGAGAGAGCGAGACAUCCAAGUACUCCCACAAAGCAUGGUGUGCAUCUUAAAAGCUCGUUUGUGCCAGGUCUGCUUGGGAUUACGUGGUGCAAAAAGAACCUUUAAGCUCUCAACCUUGCUUGUGACUUGUACAAUUUCAAACAGGCCACCUUCAACUUCAUAUUGUUGAAAUUGCAUAAUUCAAAUGCACAUAAAAUGAGGGAUUACUAUACACCUAAAAUGUUAAUGGUGAGGAGGUCCUAACUAUGCUGUUGCUAUUGUGUAUAGGUUAGAGUAAAAUCCCAUGUACAAUUGUGUGUUGCUCUUUUACAUAAAAUGUUCUUCUGCUCCUUACCAAGAAAACUCAGCUUUGUAGGCUACCGGUUUGCAUGACAAAUGCAGAGACCACAGAAUGAUAGCAGCCAGCGCUUUGCAUGGUAAGUAACUUUUAUCUGUUUCCCCUUUCAAACUGAAGAAUCAUGUUUUGCAUCAGAACAAAAAUAAAGUAUUUCUGACUUCUAUCAGUCCAUCCAAGCUGAAUCAGCAAUUUUCACAGUUCUAGUGCAGAUCUUUUGCAGAAAUCAAUUAUGCCUUUAGCUCGAGAGUCUAUUUUAAUCUUUUUUGUGGUUACAGAAUAUUCAUAUUCUAGUCUGAACCCUUAAUUGAUGCAGUAUCAGGGGGGAAAAUAGACUGUUCCAUUUCAGAUACUUAAUUGUGUGUUUUGUAGUCACUCUACAAAGAUGUGCAAUUAUUAGAUAAGGGGUUGCUAACCUCCUUUGGCUUGAGGGCCACUUUCACCCUUGGUUAACUCGCCUGGGUCUGUAUGCCAGUGAUGGAUGUCAUCACCUGCAUGUACACACACAGAAUGGACCCAGCCACACGGAGCUCCCACUCCUCAGCUGAUCUGUGCAGACCAGCUAAGGAGGAGCGGUUAUUGCCCCCUCCAUGCUCAUCAAAUGACUGUUGAUCUGAUUGACUGGAGAAGCUGCAAUUCCCAUUCCCAUCAGGAUGCUGGGCUGGAUGGAGAAGUUUAAACGGGGUCUACUCCCCCCCCCUGCAGAUGGCGCUGUGGGCUUGCCGAUCAGAAGGCCAGUGGUUCGAAUCCCUGCGAUGGGAUUCAAGCUCCUGUCGCUUGGUCCCUGCUCCUGGCAACCUAGCAGUUCGAUAGCACGUCAAAGUGCAAGUAGAUAAACAGUGGGAAGGUAAACGGCGUUUCCAUGUGCUGCUCUGGUUCGCCAGAAGCGGCUUUGUCAUGCUGGCCACAUGACCUGGAAGCUGUAUGCCGGCUCCCUCAGCCAAAAACCUUUUUCAUUCCUAGGGCAUUUCCCCUUCCUUCCUGGGCAACCAGGGGCUGUAUGCAACUGGUGGGUAGGGCCAGAGACCAAAGUGAGCGGAGCAACAGAUGUACCUCUAAGCUGCAUCCCAGCCGUUCAGAAGUCAGGUGUUUCUCUACAUCUGCACCCACAUCCAUCUCUCCAUUUAGCCAACCAAGAGAUGGAUACAUUCCAAACAGGCACUUUGGGGUAGGGUGGGGUGGGGUAGAAUAGGGCUGGCGAAUAGCAUGGUCUUAGCAGAGAGUCUUGUGGUCUGUGGAGAGUCUUUAAGGAUCAGAUAGGGAGCCUGGAUUUUGGCCCAUAGGCAUGAGAUUUCCCACCGCUGCUCUACUGUAUCAAUAACCUUUUGCAUCAGUUUCUCACUUAGGGUCUUGCUAAAUGAUUUGCCAAACUUUGUUCAGCCACCAGUUGUAUAUUCAAUUAGGAGGCCAGUAGAGAUGCAACUUUUAGCUGUGUGUUUCUCUUAUGGUUUUAAACACCCACAGUGCAAGAUGCUAAAAAGAGCCGCUUUUUCUGGUGGUGGAAGAGGGGUGCAACAUACUGGCCACAAACUUGACAGAGCUGGGAAGGAGUUUAAGAAAGGUUGGGCUGCCGUGCCUUAAAGACCAUCAUGAGAAUCACAACAAGAAGUUGUGGAGUAGCAACUUGUCCUUUGGCAUUCAGAAGAGACUUUAUAGCCCCAUUUGCCAUGGAUCCACUUGCUAAAAAGCACAUGUGCGGGUUUUUCUAGAGUUCAUGGCUUUAGAGUUAGCUGCAGGGUGUUGUACAGAGAGCCUGACUCUAGUAUGUUCUGCCAUCUUAAGUUAUUGAUCCAUGAAAAAUGGAAUAAUCCUCACAGGUGUCAUGUCUUUUAGAAUUAUUUUGGAAUGUGUUUCAACUGAGGUUAAAAAAAUCUAAAGUAGAUUUUAAACUCAGGAGGAUACUGGGUCAGUUUUUCACACACACAUUUUUGAAUUUCUUUUGUAUUUCCUAGGGAGAAAGCAUUAUAAACGCCCUGGAAAAUCUUGCCUUAGUUGCCACAGAUUUUUGAUAGUAUUCUGAUAUCAGACCUGCACCCUAGAUGGCCUAGAACAGGGAUGGCCAACUCCCAAGAGACUCUGGUCUACUCACAGAGUUAAAAACUGGGAGUGAUCUACCCCCUUUUGGGGGGUUCAGGUCAAAGCUGUUUAGUUUUUUUAAGGAAGGGAAGCCCUGUUUUGGUUUAGGUCAAACUUGUUGAGCUUCUUUUAGGAGGGAGGGAGGCCCAUUUUUGUUUAGGGCUUCAGGUCAUAGAUCAGCUUUUUUUUAGGGAGGAGGAAAAUUUUGGGUGAACGUUUUUUAGGGGUGUCAGUGAUCUACCACAGACAUCCAGUGAUCUACUGGUAGAUCACAAUCCCCCUGUUGGACGUGCCUGGCCUAGAAGAUGGUUCACGGAUGAGCAAGCAAGACACAAGUUCUUGUUUCACUUCCAUCCCUCAGUGCACAGGGCUUGCAGAAAAAGACUGUAGUCAUCUGCAUACUUUCUUGAGCUGCAUUAUUGAAUCCUGUGGGAUUUCUAAGCAAAUGUAAUUUGAAUACACCUGCAAAUUCCAUUUUUUAUCAGCUCCUUUAGUGGGGAAAAAUGGAGCAGGAGGAUUUUAAUAUGAAAAUAACUUUCAAAUAAGUUGUGUUCUUCACUUGCCUCCAGUUAAACUACACAGUGGGUAACAUCCAGUAUUAGUCAUACUUAGAGCAGACUUGUUUAAAUCAAUGGGUUUACUCUGAUUUUGACAUUGCCUCCUAUUUCUAUGAGAUAUCUAAAGUUUUGACAUUGCUAUAAGCUUCAAGAAGUGCUUUAAGAAAGUACAUCAGACAUUUCAAAAAAGGAAGAUUUGUAUUCAAGUAUAAUCUUCAAUACAGGUUUUUGUUUUUUCUUUUACUGCAGAUUUGCUAUUUGAAAAUCUAUCCCUGCAUCAUCAAUACCAUCUGAUGAUUUGUUUUUACAUUUCCUUCCUCCGCACAUGCAUGAGAGCACACAAACAAAGACCACUCUUGAAAAGGCCUUUUCGAAUAAGAAUUGUGAUUUGCAUUCCCUGGAUUUUGUUUUACUAUUAUUAUUAUUAUUAUUAAUUAUUAUUAUUAUUAUUAUUAUUAUUAUUAUUAUUAUUAUUUAUACCCCGCCCAUCUGGCUGGGUUUCCACCACCACUCUGGGCGGCUUCCAACAAAUAGCAAAAUACAUUAAAAUAUCACAGAUUAAAAACUUCCCUAAACAGGGCUGCCUUUAGGUGUUUUCUAAAUGUCAGGUAGUUGUUUAUCUCCUUGACCUCCGAUGGGAGGGCGUUCCACAGGGCUUGACUUGUGCUUGGCACUCAUUUUGCCAAUCUGUGUGCAGUAUUUUCUUACUGUGAUAAUCUAUCAAGGCAUUCAUAAUACCUGAAAAAUGCAUUGUGAACAGCUUGCUUAUGACUGUUGAUGUGUGGCCUGAGACAGCUGGUGGAAGUGAGUGAGGGGAAAAUCUUGGCUGCUGGAGCAGAUAUAGAAAGUGAGUUACUUGGAAGGACUGAUGGGGGUCUGGAGUAGUGCAGAGAAUGGCAAGAGUUGCACAAGUUUUAUUUUGGAGGUCAAGGCAUUUGUGCCAAUGUGGAGCUCUUGGAGCUCAGAAUCC